GUCCAAAGAAGUGUUUUUAGAGUAGUCAAUGGCUAACAGAGAGGAUUUCAUAAACCCUAAUACUUCUUCUCCUAUUACUGUUUCCGAUGCCGAUAGCAGCUACCUUCUAGAAUCUUCUCAGAUCGGUAGUGCUUCUGGAAGCCUCCAGAACGAAGGUUUUCUCUCCGGCACCGAUUCCUCCUCCGCCGCUGUCGCCGUUGAUGCUGAGUUCGGUUUUUCGCGGCCGGAUUUUCGACAGAGUCUGCUUGUUGGUAGUGUUGAUUUCUAUGAACGGCAUGUGUUCCUUUGCUAUAAGAAUCCACAAGUUUGGCCGCCGCGUAUUGAAGCUGCGGAGUUUGAUCGGUUGCCUAGGUUACUUGCUGCUGCUCUUGUUGCUAGGAAAAAUGACAUGAAGAAACAGACUCAGUUAACAAUAUGUGAAGGGCAUGAUGGAACAGAGACAUCAAAUGGGGAUGUGUUGAUCUUUCCGGACAUGAUCAGAUACAGGAGAUUGACUCAUUUUGAUGUUGACACAUUUGUUGAGGAGGUGCUAGUGAAAAAUGGUGAGUGGUUACCUGGAAAUCCUGAAGCUCUGACUGGAUGGUACAUAUUUGUGUGUUGUCACGGUUCAAGAGAUCGACGAUGUGGUGUUUGUGGACCAGCUAUAGUUAGUAGACUUCAGGAGGAAAUAGUAUCAAAUGGUCUUCAAGGAAAAGUAUCUGUUAGUCCAUGCUCACACAUCGGGGGACACAAGUUUGCUGGAAAUGUGAUCAUAUUCGGGCGAAACGCUAACAAGGAAGUCUCCGGACACUGGUAUGGCUAUGUUACACCUGAUGAUGUACCUCAGUUGCUUGAACAGCAUGUUGCUAAAGGAGAAAUUGUUGAUUGGUUGUGGAGGGGGCAGAUGGGACUAACUGAAGACGAACAGAAAGCAUCCCAAGAACAUAGGCUCAGCGUUAAUGGUGGAACGGAUAUGGAAAGAGGUACCAAAAACUCAAAUGAAGUCGGUAUUAGCACAUGCGGAUCCCAAUUAGAGGGUAGGAGCUGUUGCCAGACAAAUGGAAAUAUCUCAUGUUGUCAGAACACUCAACUACCAGACGAUGCAGACAAUUUCAAUCUCCACCAAGAAAAUGCGGAGUUUACAUCUGAAAAGAAGAAGAGCUUCAAGAGACAAAUUAGUAGUGUAAAAGGAGCUCGCCCUCGCAAGGUGUGCUCAAUGCCUACAUGGUAUGAGUGCUGGGAGCGUGAAGAUACAUAUGCAGUUCUUGCUGUUAUCGGUGCUGCCAUAUCAGUUGCCUUUGCCUACAACUGCUACAGACAGCUGAAGUAGUAAUAUUCAUAAAGAAACUUCAACAUUUAUUGCGCAAAUUUCAUUGUUGGUUAGAAACAUCUCUGUGAUUUUCCUGGUGUAAAUUUAGGUUAUUUAUUGCAUGUAAGUGUGUCAGUCACUUGCAAGGAAGUCUAGAAUUUCAUUGAUUUGUGGACAAAGGCUUAUGCCAAAAUAGUGUUGUAAUGAUAGAUGAAAAUUUAGGAGUCUUGUUAUGUCAUGCACUUCUGUUUGGUCUAUGAAUGUGUUGGCCAUCAUUAUUAAUUCAUGAAGGUACAAUUUUUAGCA